AUGGCGUCCUCGAUCACUCUCUCUUCCCCCUCCUCCUCUUUCCUACUCUCCCACACCACCCGCCUCCACUUCCGAAGCCCCAGAAAUCUCUCCACCACCUCCACACGACGACCUCUCUCACUCUCUGUCUCUGCUUCUUCCUCUCCCUCUCUCCAAGCCUUGAUUUUCGACUGCGACGGCGUCAUCCUCGAGUCCGAGCACUUGCACCGCCAAGCUUACAACGACGCCUUCGCUCACUUCAACGUCCGCUGCUCCUCCUCUCAGCCCCUCGUUUGGGACCCCGACUUCUAUGACCAGCUUCAGAACCAAAUCGGCGGCGGCAAGCCCAAAAUGCGGUGGUACUUUAAGGAAAACGGGUGGCCGUCGUCCACCAUCUUCGAGAAGCCUCCGGAAGACGAUGAGGGUCGAGCCAAGAUCAUCGACACUCUUCAGGAUUGGAAAACUGAGAGGUAUAAAGAAAUUAUCAAGUCCGGAACUGUGGAACCAAGACCAGGAGUUUUGAGAUUGAUGGAUGAGGCCAAGGCAGCUGGGAAAAAGCUCGCUGUAUGCUCUGCAGCUACUAAAAGCUCAGUUAUACUAUGUCUUGAAAGCCUGAUAGGAAACGAGCGCUUUCAAGGUCUUGAUUGCUUUCUUGCUGGUGAUGAUGUGAAGGAAAAAAAGCCCGACCCUUCAAUAUAUCUUACAGCUGCCAAGAGACUCGGUAUCUCAGCAAGCGAUUGUUUGGUUGUGGAGGACAGUGUUAUUGGGCUACAGGCAGCAACAAAAGCUGGGAUGUCAUGUGUGAUUAGCUAUACAUCUUCAACAGCUGACCAGGAUUUUAAAGAUGCAAUAGCAAUAUAUCCUGACUUGAGUAACAUAAGACUGAAAGACUUGGAAUUAUUACUUCAAAAUACUGUCAUUGCCAAUUAG